AUGAUUCCUGUUCGACCAGCAAAACGUUUUCAAUCAUCUGCCAAUGUUAAAUCUGAUCGAUUGAGAAAAGGAGGCCUUUUAAAAGGUCAAUUUUUAUUUGCACCUGAUAUAUGUAUACCUGAAGAUGAAAUCUCGCCGUCAACUCCACAAGUACCUGUUGAAACUGAAAAGUCUAUUAAACUAACAAAGAAAGUUUUACAUGAUGAUAAUAAUGAAUCACUUUUAACAUUACGUCGAAGUAAACGUCAACUAAGUAAACAAUUAGGUAUAACAAAAUAUAAAUCAGCAACAUCAUUUGACUCAUUUAUUGAAACAAGAUGUGAAGAUGGUUUAGAAGCACGACAUACUGGAACAGUUCGAGGACGUGGUGUAUAUACGACAAAGAAAUUUUUUCGUAAUGACUAUAUUGUCGAAUAUGCUGGAGAAUUAUUAACACAAGCUGAAGCUAAACAACGAGAAAAUAUCUAUGGACGUAAUCAUAAUAUUGGAUGUUAUAUGUAUUAUUUUAAAUGGGGUGAAAAAGUUUUUUGUGUUGAUGCAACGGAAGAAACAAAUCGACUUGGUCGUCUAAUAAAUCAUAGUCGAAAAAAUAGCAAUUGUCAACCAAAAGUAUUUGUUGUACGAGAUCAACCACGUCUUGUUUUGGUUGCAUUACGUGACAUUGAUAUAGGUGAAGAAUUAUUUUAUGAUUACGGUGAACGUCGUAAAGAUAUUAUUGAAUCAUUUCCUUGGUUACUCGAAUAA